UGCAAACACUUAUAUAAAUAUUGGCAGAUAACCAAUGUUGUAUGGUCAGUGGACUAUUGGGUAUAAACGUUAGGAACGUAGAACCAAAUGAAUUUUCGUCUACUGUGUCUAUCGUGACGUUUAAUCAAAUUGAGCCACAGGAACAACGACAUACAUAUUGCACCGGAAGUCUUAUUUCGCAAAGACAUGUCUUAUCUGCCGAACAUUGUUUCGAUGAAAUAGGGAACACCAAAUUUGAAAUACUCGCCGAAUCGUACAAUUUAACAUGUGCCAAACGAUUUUAUCCUUCUUGGUGGACAACAUUCGAUCAAUGGAAAUUUUCAACAAAGAAGCCUAAUUAUUUCAGAGAUAACGACAUUUCUAUAAUCAAGAUAGUAGGCAGUGUCUCUCCUGACACCCAACCAGCACUCAUUUCAUUAAUUUCUCCGCAAUCGCUGCUGUACGGGCUGCAGGCCCUAAUGGUUGGUUUCGGUUCAACCCAUGAGAACGCAAAUCCAACGAUAUUGCAUAAAGGAGCCGUGAAUAUCAUAUCGAAGGAAGAGUGCCAAGGCAAGAUUGCUCGAUUAGCGGGCGAUAUAAUGACGGUUCAUUUAAGAUAUCUCUGCUCUUUCUCUGAACCAUACACGCAAAUCGCGAACGGUGACAGUGGUGGGCCACUUUUUUAUGAAGGAGUUAUCGUAGGUAUUAACAAGGGAUUGGUUCCAAAGUUUAGAAACUUAUUUCAUAGACAUAAAGUUAAUGUUCAUACAGGCGUAGAUUAUUAUCGGGAAUUCAUUGAUUUUCAAAUGGGCAUAUUAUAUUAAAGAAUACUUAUUCGCCCUUCAACAUAACGACUAAUUAAAAUUAUUAUCCAUUUAAAUAUAUCAGGCAAUGAUAUCUCUAUAUUAAUGUCAAAUUACAUUGUCAUCUCAAUUCACGAUGAACAUUUAUAAUAAUUAAUAGUAAC